UUCAGUCAGUACGAUUCUAACGCUUCAUACGCAAUGUUUAAAUUCGGCGUAUUAAUAUUUCUUGCUUUUGCGUUAGCAUUUGCUCUUUCAUCUAUCGUUGUUGAAAGAACAGAUAAAGAAUGCAAAAGGGGCGAUAAUAAAUUGGGCUAUUUUAUACCCUUAAAAAAAUGUUCGUUCAUAUACAAUAUGUAUUUGAAAAGAAAGAGAGGAGCUGAACUGUCACGAGAUAAUACGUUGUAUAUGAAAAGAUCAAAGAGUGUACGAAUAAAUAAAAAGAUGUUUGUGUGCUGUGAAGAAAAAGAAAAGAUUGACCAGGCAAUUGAUAAUCUGUUUAACGAGGAUUGCGGGAGAUUUGAAAUUGAUAAGAUAUAUGGGGGUAGAUAUGUUAAAUUAAUGAGCAGACCCUGGAUGGCCAUUCUUAAUUUAAAACAUAAUUAUAAAAAUGAAAUUUACAUAUGUGGCGGUACCUUGAUAAACAAACGUUACGUGUUAACAGCUGCUCAUUGUUUCGACGAGAAAGAACUAUUCUUAUUGCGGUUGGGAGAACACAAUAUAAUAAAGAAACAAGAUUGCGAUGAGGAUUCUUGUGCACCACCAUUUGAGGAUAUUAACAUUGAACGCAUUUUUGUGCAUGAAAAGUAUUCGCUUGAAACUCGACAUGAUGAUAUUGCUCUAGUGAAACUGUCGAAAGACGUGGGAUUCAAAAGGAGUAUUUCACCUAUUUGUCUGCCCACGACCAAGACUCUUCAACAAAAAGUUAACAAUAUAAAAGACUUCCAUGUGACUGGCUGGGGAAAAACUAAGUUCUCCAAUUACUCUAAUACUCUUAUGGAAAUCAUUGUAAAUCAAAAAAAUCGCGCAAAAUGCAAUAAAAGUUUUCCGAAAUACCCAGUCGAUUCAACACAAAUAUGCGCUGGUGCUGAUGGAAAGGAUGCCUGCGGAGGUGACUCUGGAGGUCCAUUGUCACAGGUAGUCUAUUUUAAUGGGUAUCAACGGUUUGUGCAGUAUGGAGUGGUCAACUUUGGAUUUAUUAAUUGCACUGGUGAGCAUCCGGGUGUAUACACAAACGUUGGCAGUUACAUACGGUGGAUCGCUUACACGAUUGCCACCAAAUAAAAAAGACAAGUAAAUGAUAAUUAUUUAUUAAAUCAGCGAUUAAAGCUUAUCGUUUGGUUGCUAAAGUUUAAAAGCAUGGGAUAAAGCUUGCAUGUGAUGCAAGAAAAAAUUAAAAUCCUCAAUAGAAAUAUAUAUAUUAAUAAAUAUUUAUAUAAUUAAUAAUAUUAUACUAUAUUUUGUAUCCAAAAAACAUAUAAAUAAAUAAAAUUUUCGUUAAG